GCGCGAGAUCAACAAGGAAAGAAUGAGACAAUUCAGGCAGAGUAUGACAGAUUAUGAGAAAGAGAUGGCCAGGCAGCAGAAUAGAGUGAGGCAAAACGAGAGAAGAGCCAAGUUGAGGGCCGAUAGAGAGGCACAGAGAGCCAGGGGAAGUUGAACUAACAGUUACAGGACCGGCCUGAAAGAUUGGCAGUUGGGUCGCAAAUUCAAUAGUCUUUAAGGCUCGAUUGCUGUGUCAUGAGUGUGAUCCAACUGACAAGCUUUUUGCCGUGAACCUAUGAUAUUAGUAAUCGAGCGAUGUUUAUUUAUGAAUCAAUGCCUAUUGCUUAAUUCAUGCUUGAUUAGCAAUGUGAGCAUGCUUUAUAAAAUGUAUGAAUAGUGAACACUGGAUAGAGUAUUCCAGUAUUGUUAUUGUAAAAACUCACAUCUUGUUUUUGUGCUAAAGCAUUGUAUUGAGAGAAUUGUCCCACUGAUGCAGAUUGCAGAUGUUAUCAUUAUUAUAUUUACACUAUAUUUAUCUGCCUAGAUUUAUUAACUUGCAAAUUGACAAUCAUUUAAAGAUUUAAUCUUUAACUUUGCAAAGAUGAGAAUGUUAGGAAAGGUUUUCUUUUAUUCGACAAAUUUUCGAAAACGUUUCACUGUCUUGUGGUAUUGAUACUUGAUGGUUGCUGAUAGGGAUUUAAUGCAUUUUCAGUCCCACAUCUCUGGUUUUACUUUUAGUUUGACCAAACUUUAUAAAAAUUUACCUGAAAUUUAAUAUUCAGUCUCUAAAGUUGACGCAUUGUAUCUCAUUUUCUCCAAUUAAUCAUUGGGAGGUUGAAAUGUUUUCUAAUCUCUACUAAAUCUACAGUAGCAAGUUACAUGGAAAUAACCUGAAACAGGUAAAACACGACAAGAUACAACAUUGACUCAGUGAACAUUACUCCGUUUUCUAAACAAGUUUUAAGUUGAACUCAACAAAGUGAUACCAUGCCUACCAAAAGCCGUGCUCUGAGAAAGAGAAUCAACCAGAUUAUGGAGGAUCUUAGGUCGAAGGACCCUAGAAGACUGUUUCGUGGCACGUCCAAAGUGAGCAAGAUACUACGUGCUCCUGCUAAGGAGCUCGAAUGGGAUAGUGAUCAGGUUAUCGAUGCUGUGGUCAAGGCAGGAGCCGUCCCACUACUUGCAAGUUUCCUGACCCACAUCGAGGACCAGAAGUUGCAAAGCGAGGCUGCAAAUGCGCUCGCUAACAUCAGCGCCGGGUCAGCAGAUAACACACGUGCUGUGAUUGAUGCUGGAGUGGUUCCUAUUGCUACCUUGCUGCUUGAGUCUCCCAGCAUCGACCUUCAGGAUCAUGCCGCCUGGUUGUUAGCUAAUAUUGCUUGUGAGAACUGCUCUUGUGUACUCCACGCGGGCGCGCUCGCUCCACUUCUCAGAUUACUCGAUUCGCUGUGUGAGAGCACCAAGUCAAACAACACAUCAGAACAGUCCUUGAUAAAAACAGCUACUUGGUUACUGUCAAACCUUUGUCAGUACACUGACUCAUUCGAAAUUGUGAAGGAAUGUCUGCCAAGACUCGCCAAGCUGAUCAAGUCAAACAAUGAGGCAGUGUUGCGGGACGCGUGCUGGGGUGUAAUGUACAUGUGCAAACUUAGUAUCCAGGAGGUCCUGGACUCUGGUGCUUGUGACACUCUGGUAAAGUUACUGAUGCACAGUUCGGACGAUGUCACGUGUGUGGCUCUUGAAGCACUGCUCGCUAUUUUCACCAACGGAAACUUAGAGCAGAAAAAGUACGCAGCCAUUACCUGUAGGGCUUUGCCGAGACUACGGUUUCUGCUCCACAACAAAAGAGAAAGAACGAGAGAGAUAGCAUGUCAGGCCCUUUCUCACAUCGCCAUUGGUUCUGUAGAGCUCGUUCAGGGCUUACACGAUGCACAAGUAUACCCCUGUUUGGUUCAUCUGUGUAUGAGGCAAUCGCAUUCCAGAGGCAGUUGGCUGACUUGGAAGGAGGCUGUCAAAACGCUGUCAAAUACUCUAACUACAUCUAUGUUUAACCGUCAGAUAAUAAAGUAUUUAGUGGGACUAGGCGCUGUGACCGCCAUUGUGGACUCUCUAGUGGAAAUAGUUCGGAACCAGGCUUCAAUACACCUCUGUUUUGAUGUGGCUCUUCAGUUUAUAGAACUUUUAGUUGCAGCUGGAGCAAAAGACGCAGAGGAGCGAGGCGAUGGAGUGAACGAUUACAGAGAAUUUCUUGAAGAUACGGGAGUACCAGAAAUAAUCGCUGUCGCCGCGCUCGACAGGGUUUGCAGGGAUGGCAUUGGUAGCGGAAGUGAGUCUUCAACCGAAAUAGGACCAAUAGCCAACGAGUCAGCACACCAAGCUGCUCGAGUUGCCAGUCUGUUCACGUACAGCUCACCCGAGGGCUGCUACGUUCCAACCCUCAAAAGACUGUGUCGGAGAAAAGUCUUCCAGAGCGAGUGGAAAGAGGUUGCUCAGUUUGCAUUGUCAUGUCCACUUCGCUGCUUCAUGGUUGGUCUCCGAGCCGAGGAUGCUGAGCUGGUUACUGGUAUUCUUCUCUGUACUGUUAAAGAGGCUCUAUCUGUCAAGUACACCGGAGACAACGCUUUCUUCUCAGGUCGGUACCAAGAAGCAGCUAAAAGAUACAGCGAGGCACUGCAGCUGAUUGAGAGUUUAGACAGUGAGAGUUUUGAGCAGCUUACUCUGACAGUUCUCUUAAAUAGAACAGGCUGUAAUAUGAAGCUAUCAAUGUGGCCUGAUGUUAUCCAGGAUUGUAUCCGUGGAUUGGCAAUACAUCCUAAACAUCCUAAGUUUUUACAGAUGCGGGCAUCAGCCUACGAAAAGCUCGGGAUGUAUCAAAAUGCUCUGGAUGAUUACAAUUUAGUGAAGACAGAAGAGAGUGAAGCAGCCAGGAUAAAGCUGAAAGAGAGGAUGGACUCUCAACAGCUGCUUGCCACCCAACAGCAGCUUCUCAACAACCAGCAACUUUUAAACAGCCAACAGAUUCUGAACAACGCCCAACUUUUAUCCAACCAGCAGUUCACAGCGGCCCAACAACUCGCUGCAACUCAGCAGUUGUUCAGCGCCCAAACUGCUGCUGCCGCGUCUUGUAGCGCCAUGUUCAACACACCGACAACAGGGGCUGGCAUCAUGCCAAAUACCUCCCAACUCCUGGCCAACCACCAGCUCCUGCUGAGCCAACAGCAGUUAGCCAACUUAUCUUUGCUGGACCACCAACAACUGAACAGCACGGUGCAGCAACAGUUAACUGCAACUACUCAGCAUGUUAUCAGUACCACUCAAGUAACCACCACCACUACUACUAUAGCUCAACAAAAUAUUGAUCCGGCGUCCGUAGCAGCGGUCAUAACUCAGCAGCAACAAUCCCAGCAGCAGAUUAUUCAGCAGCACGUGCAACAUCACCAGCAGGUGACUACGUCUCAAGGUCAACAUACCCCGACCCCAGCUGCCCCACAGCAACAAGUUGGUCAGCUACCACCAACAGCAACUCAGCAACCACAAUCGACCGCUCAGCAACCGCAGCAGCAACAGUAUUCUCGACAUCACAAACACGAGCACCACAGCUCAAAGCAGCACAAACAGAGUAGUUGCAUGCACAACACCUCUCAACAUGUCACCAAUAUUCUGAACUGCGCUCAACAACAUCAGGCAGUUUCUUCCGCUACUACGACUACUCACCAUCUUAUGAACGAAGAGGAGCUUCUUAAAGCUUCAAACCUUGACCUGUCUCACCAUCACUUGGUGCACGAAACCCUAGGAGGUGAGUUUGGAGCGCCCCCAACGUCUCCCGUCAACAUGCCGGACACAUUUGAGCUGGAAGAAGAAAUACAUCUGCCUGGGCCCUUGCCAGCACCGCCUUAUAUCCGGGCCCCUUCCAGACAACAGUUGGCUACCUUCCAGUUCAUCAUGAACACUUACAUCAGGGGCGAGGACCCGACUAGGAGAAGGAAACGAGUUGAACGACCCAAACAAGUCGAAACUUGAUCAUAUGAUCCGGCAGACUUGAUCGGUUACUCUUGAAGCGAGAUUGGAUUAUUCUUUUACCUGUGCCCUAAUUCAUGUUUUAUGUUCUGACUUGAAAUUCUGACGUACCCAGAUUGUCCUUUGUAGAAAUGUGUUUUGCAAUGUUAACAAUAGCAUUAAUGUUUACAUUUAUAAGAAUUAUUUUAAUUUGGUCGACGAAAUAAUUUUUACUUUAUCACCCCCACCCCUAAUAUUAUAUCCAUAUUAUAUCCAUAUUAUAUUAAUAUUAUAUCCAUAUUAUAUUAAUUAGGGCUCUUACGGACAAAAAGUCGAGUUUUCUGCUCCAGGUUUACGUUUGGCAAAUCAUUGGACACAAUAGUAUAAUGUACAAGGGUCCAGAAUUCGCUUCGAAGUACAAAUGAGGACUUACCAGUCACGUGCUGUACAAAUGCGCAUUUUAAACUUCGGCAGCCCAGAACCCCUAACACCUUGAAGCCAAUUAAAUAAUUGUAUUCAUGCUGUGUCAGCAGUAAGACAUAAGAGCAAAUGAUCCAUUUUGUGUAAACAUAUGAGCCAAAACGGACUUAAGCUCGUUGAGUUCGCGCGCGGCGUGUCGCCCCUUCACGGCUCGGGCCAUGUACCAUGCACAUGGGCAUGCCAACGAAUUAAUUGGCCGCGGGAGGCCCAUAGCUGAUAGCGUCACAGCUUGUAUUGGGGCAAAAGAAAUAAUAUACUUGAAUAGUAUAGCAUGUAUGAUAGACAAAAAAAUCGUUUUAUGUUUUGGUAACGUGACACGCUAUACUAUUAGUAUUACUAAUACUACUGGGCCGCGCAUGAUAGAAUAUUUUUAUAAUGCUUCUCGGUCUCCACUGUGGCACUGUUGUUUGAUUGUUUCGUUAACGGGUGAUACUCUUAAAAUAUUUGUUCCAACUUAAGUCUUUACGCACGUCUUGGUUAAGUUGUAAGUUUUUAACCUACAUACAAGUCGAUGAUGGGCGUUAUUAAAUUAUUAUACUUUUUAAAUUUGUUCAAAAUUAGAAAAUUUCAUUCACCCAAUG